CCCAAGUCAUGAAGUAGUUGGCCAGCCAUUUUCCUUUCAAGCUACCACUCAGCUUUAAGACAAGGAACAAAUUCAAUCAUGUGGGUCAUGCACUUGCAUAUAAAACUAGUUCCCUCAAAUUCCUAGCAUCACAGAGGGGUGAAAAAGGUGAAAGAGAGAAAUGGGUUGCUGUUGGUCCUGCAAAUCAUCCUCUGCAUUCAAUACUAUACGAGUGGUACACUUGAAUGGUUAUGUAGAAGACUUCGAACAUCCAGUUACAGUCAGUGAAGUCACUGGUAAGCCACCAAAGCAUUUUGUGAUCACCCAGGCUGAGCUUCUGUCCACAGGCACCAAGCCUCUCAGACCCGACGCCAUACUCGAGCCCGGCCAUAUCUACUUCCUGCUACCGUACUCAACAUUUCAGUCCAACGUCUCUCCCAUGGAAUUGGCCCCUCUAGCAAGAAAGCUCACUGCCAUAGCCAAAAGUAGCCGGUCCAACACUAAUUCUGCGCGGGUCAACAUUUCGUCUAGCCCGCACGGACUGAGCCCGAUAUGGGGCUCACCGGCUAGUAGUCCUAGCCGGUUUUCAGACCAGUGUAAGGGGGUGGAACCAGAAUGGGGUGUGACAGGGUAUGGUUUGCAAAAGUCGUCCAAGUCACGGUCAUGGAAGCCACUUUUGGCCACGAUCAGAGAAAGAUCGUUUAAUCGGAGAAGUGAAUCGGAUCUACAAGAGAAGAAUUCGGACAACAUGAAAUAGCUUUGAGUAUGAGUAGGGUAAUAGCCAUGGUAAUAGUAGGCGGAAGCUAUGUACUAUGGAAUGAGUUUUAAAAUCGUUAAAGUUUCAUCUAAAACUUACAAUGUUAUGCAAUACAGGUCCGAGACACUUCAGUUUAUCAUUAGGCCCAAGACCCACAUGAUGCCGUGGGCGUGGUGUGUGUCAAGACA